AUGGGCAAGCGACCUCAUGUACUAGCAAUUGCAUAUCCUGCACAAGGCCAUAUAGGGGCAUUGAUGAAGCUCUGUCAUCUGCUUGCUGAUCAUGACAUCAAAGUCACAUUUGUGAACACAGAAUCCAUAAAUGCCAGAGUCCUAGCGGCCAUGUCAGAAAAGGGUAAAGAAGAUUGCAAGGUUGACAUGGUGGUGAUCCCCGAUGGCAUUGAUCGUCAGGAUGAGCGAAAAGAUCGGAUACAACUUAGUGAAACUAUGGUGAAUGUCAUGCCUGGUCACUUGGAGGAUCUGAUUAUGAAGAUAAAUUUAUCAUGUGAUAAAAAGAUCAGCUGUGUCAUUGCUGAUGCAACCAAUGCUUGGGCUCUAGAUGUUGCCGGGAAGAUGGGCAUCAAGAGGGCCAUGUUUUGGCCUAGCCUUGUUGGAGGAUUUGCAUUGAGUCUUCAUAUUCAAGAGCUUAUUCAAGCCAAAAUUAUUGAUCAUAACGGAACUCCCUUAACAAAUGAAAAGAUCCAGAUUUCUCCGGAAUUGCUUGCCAUGAUCCCUUCUGAAUUCAUAUGGAGCUGUCCAGACUCUUCGAUAUGCGAUUUGAUUCCAAACCUCUUACCUAUCGGUCCAUUACUUUCAAUAAAUCAUCCUGGAAAACCGACCGGAAACUUUUGGCCUGAGGACUCGACUUGUUUACACUGGCUUGAUAAACAGCCUGCCCAAUCAGUCAUAUAUGUUGCCUUUGGUAGCAUAGCAAUUUUCAACCAGUGCCAAUUCGAAGAAUUGGCGCUAGGACUUGAACUUUCGGGUCAGCCAUUCUUGUGGGUAGUCAGAUCAGACCUUAUGGAUGGUUCCAUUAUAAAAUACCCAGAAGGGUUUCUGGAUAGAGUAGCCAGUCGCGGCAAAAUAACAGAAUGGGCACCACAGGAGAAGGUUUUAGCCCAUUCUUCGAUUGCUUGUUUUGUAAGUCAUUGUGGUUGGAAUUCAACCAUGGAGGGACUUAGUAUGGGGGUUCCCUUUCUGUGUUGGCGUUAUUUUGCUGACCAAUUCCUCGUCAAGAGUUACAUUUGUGAGGUUUGGAAGGCGGGUUUAGGAUUGAAUAUUGAAACAAAUGGAAUCAUUUCAAGCCAUGAAAUAAGAAGAAAGUUGGAUAAAUUGCUAUGUGAUGGUGGUAUAAGAGAUAAUGUGACUCAACUGAAAGAAAUGGCCAGAAAGAGUGGCAGUGAAGGUGGAUCAUCAAUGAACAACUUUGAAAUCUUCAUUAAGCAGCUAAGAUGUUAA